AUGAAUUCCAAGGAAUCAAAACUACCUGCACCCUCAACAGUCGACGACAUGGAUAUGGAAACGGUAGAGCUUCACAGAGCGGAAAGUAUGGUUCAGGAAUACCCUCCUGAAAUUAUCGAAAAAGUUCCCGAAGAAGCUUCCCCAAAGAGACAGGAUGUUUAUACGAUAGUAACAACGUGGGCAGUAUUUCUGUUCAAUGAAAUCAAAGAACUCAAACUGGAAGUGGUCAUGUUUCUGUAUAUGUUUUCAUCAACAAUGCGCCAAAUAUCUAGCACAACCAUGAUCAUGGACAAGGUUUGCUUAGUCCAUAUGGGUUUGUCCCCGGAAAUAUGUUCUGAUCUUGCCAACAACCAAACCCUCAAAAAUAAAGUCGAAAAGCUGACGAACAAUUAUUCUUUAGGACAUGGCCUAAUCCAACUGAUACCUUCAGCCAUACUCAGUUCUUUCAUUGGACCAUGGAGCGAUAAGUAUGGAAGAAAAGUUCCAAUCAUAGCAGGUCUUUUGGGAAUUAUUGCCGAUGGUUUAGGAUCGGCUAUAUGUGCUGCUGCUAUGCACAGCAGAGCAGAGUUCUUUUUCAUUCCCCCCAUAUUUGCUGGUUUAUCUGGUGGCAUGAUUGCUGUUUUGACAGUACUUUACAGUUACGCCUCGGAUAUAACUACAUUCAAGAAAAGAACCAUGAAAUUUGCGCUAAUGGAAGUCUCAUUUGGGCUUGCGAUGCCUCUUGGUUCGCUUGUCGGUGGAAUGCUGUACAAGUACACAAGCUAUGUGGCCGUUUUUCUAAUAUCUACAGGUGGCCACAUACUUGCUCUAGCCUGGGUCCUGUUCAUUUUGACGGAGACAAAGGGAUUGGACAACAAAGAGAGUUGGAGAGUUAAAUUUCGAAAAUUUUGGUCAUUAAAAGCAGUAGCUGAGGGAUUUAAAGCAGCUACGAUGCGUCGUCCGAAUAAAGGUCGGGAGCAGAUCUUAUUUCUACUCUUAGCUAUGAGUUUGAACGUUCUAAGUUUGGCUGCUACUGGUAGCAUCGGUUUCUUGUACGCCCACCAUCGCUACGAUUGGGACAACACGAAAUAUUCAACUGUUUCAUCUGUCUUUGCAGUCUUCGGAGUAAUAACUAUGUUCAUUUCCGUGCCUCUGUUCAAAUACUUCAAAUUUGGCGACCCAACACUAGGACUCGUGGGAUCUGCUUCACUGUUUGUGAAAAAUAUUCUUAUCGGACUCGCUGCUUCGCAUGAAUUUUAUUACUUAGGAAACUUACUUGGACUCUUAGUUGGAUUAGGUACUUUAGCGGGACGCAGCAGAAUUUCCAAAGUGGUGUCAAAAGAUGAUUUAGGUAAAGUCUUCGCUUUCCUUUCAAGCGCAGAAACCGUACUGCCGAUAGCUGCAGUUGCUUUCGUUUCGCAAAUAUUUAAUGCAACUCUAGACGUUUCUCCUGGUUUAGUGUAUCUUGUUCUUGGAGGCUUAAUGUUGAUUCCUAUUGCCAUAUUUAUAUGGCUUGGGCGACUCCCGAAUGUCAACUACGAAGAGAUGCACAAUGGUCCGCAAAAAAUGCAAAUCCAAAAAAAAAAAGAAGAAGAAGAAGAAAAGGGAAGAUCUUAGUUGCGAAGGAAUUUUCUCCUUAAUUGAUUUUUUGGGGGGGGGGGCAGGGAGGGGACUAGGUAACUAGAAACUAGGUAAACCUUUUACAAAUUUUGAUGCGAUUUACUUUCUUUCAUGGAACCACCGUUGUUUGUACAAACGCAAAGAAAAAAUUUAGGAAACAACGGUGAAUUCAAAACGGUGAAUGAGAGGAUAAAUUUCACAGAUCAGAAAUUAUUCCUGAAUUGUCAAUUCUUCAACAUAAUGCUUAUCAUGGAAUCAACCACAAUAAUUUUUUUGUUGUCAAUGGUUUUUGAAGUGUAAUUAGGCGGCACAGAUAUGUUGAUUUUAUCAGAAUUGUCCUGAUUUUUAGAAGCUUGUCCUGAUUCCAAAAAUGUCCUGAUUUUGUCUUGAAAUUCGAGUCCUCAAUCUGAUUUAUUUUGAAAGUUUGUAAAAUUUUAGGAUAAUCAAUUUAAAAAUGCUAUUUUUUAUCUCUGUUAGAUAGUGCAUUUUAUUUAUCCCCAAGAUUAUGAGCCACAAUUCAUUUUAGUACAUUGUCAUUUUUUUAAAUAAUCCAAAAAUAAUCAUGUGUUGUUGAAAUAAAUGUAAAUAAAA